CUCCUUCCCGUGUUGUCGUCACUCAGAUUCAGUCGCUCCUUCCUAUCUCGUAAACUUCCAAAAACAAAUGCCAAGGUAGCACAUGACGAGUAGCACACCUUCCGCGAACCUCAUUCUGUUGACACACACUCAGAAUCACUUUGCCUUUCGACAUGUCCCGUCGCUCUCGUCAGCGUACAAGCGAUACAUUCAUUGGCAAUGGCCACCAACACUCUUCCCGCCACCUACACAUUCAUCCCUCCGCCCCCGUUACCGGAGUUCUACGCAGACAUCUUGGGCAGCCCUCGUCCACCUGCCAUCGAAGACGAUACGACAGCCCUUGUCGCCCAAAGACCAAUCCCACCCACCGAUGGAGCCUACGAGGGUCAACCAACCGAGCACUUUCUCGCAGUGCCUCCCUUUCCACUCAUCGCCAUUCCACCAUUCCCUCAACAGUACAGCAGCAACAACGUUCCUCCGCUCGCCAUCUGCCACAUCUGCCGCUUGUGCCUGCGACCACGCAGCAACCGAUAUCACCGCGAACAUCCCAUUCCCAUCAACGCGCUCCCGCCACCGCCGGGUAUCUGCCGCAGAUGCCGAGUGAAGGAAGUCAGCGAGACCAAGACCGUUCCGGAGGUGGUGUUCGAGGGCAGAAGCAAUGAAAUCAAGUUGGGUUUCAUCGCUCCGUUUGUGCCUGAUGAUGCAAUCGUCAGUAAGGAGGAGUUCAAGCAGAUGAGGAACGAGGCGCUCCUACGGUCUUACUCAAAGUCACGUCG